CAUCCGGGACUGUGGGCUGCGUGAGGGAAAUCGGGAGUGUCCUGCUAAAAGCGGGGAUGUUGGCCAGUAUGCUUAGAGCCAUUCACAGUGUGUCUUUUUACUAAUGUAAAGGGGCCUCUGUACUGGCACAACAUACAUGAAACAUACAUUGCUUCUGCCCUUCAGUUUUCACAGACUUUGUUUGCAUUCAUCUUAUUAGUUGUGCUGUGACAAUUCAGGAAAGGAACUUCCCUUACGGCUAUCACUGGAAAUUGAACUGCUUCCUGGGAUUGGCUGUGCAAAGCAAGAGGAAUUGCCUGUUGUACUUGGAAUCAUCAAGCAGAAUAAUCCCAUCGGUCUCCUCAAAUAACAACACUGUUUACAAGAGUAUAUGAGCGACUUCAAUCCUAAACCAGCACAUUAACGCCGUCUUCACGCCUUCCUGACGUGGUGUAUGUGCUGUGUGAGCCCACUUGUCCGAGCCCAUGAGGGAGUACAAGGUGGUGGUGUUAGGCAGCGGUGGGGUUGGGAAGUCAGCCCUAACGGUCCAGUUUGUUACGGGCACCUUUAUUGAAAAGUAUGAUCCUACAAUUGAGGAUUUUUAUCGGAAAGAAAUUGAAGUGGACUCCUCCCCCUCCGUGCUGGAGAUCUUGGACACAGCAGGCACAGAACAGUUUGCUUCCAUGAGGGAUCUGUACAUUAAGAAUGGCCAGGGCUUCAUAUUGGUGUACAGCUUGGUAAAUCAACAGUCAUUCCAGGACAUAAAGCCAAUGCGGGACCAAAUCGUUAGAGUGAAGAGAUAUGAAAAGGUCCCUCUCAUUCUAGUUGGAAACAAAGUGGACCUGGAGUCAGAGAGAGAAGUUAUGUCAGCAGAGGGACGGUCCCUUGCUCAAGAGUGGGGCUGUCCGUUCAUGGAGACUUCUGCCAAAAGCAAGACAAUGGUGGAUGAACUGUUUGCUGAAAUUGUGAGGCAAAUGAACUAUGCAUCUUUGCCUGAGAAGCAGGAUCAGUGUUGUACAACUUGCACUGUUCAAUGAGGAAUUUGGAGGGACCUCAAACAUGGCCAUAAAGAGCAGAUAACUCAGAGGAAAUUUGCACAGCUAUCGCUUUGGAGAACUUAACAGCCCAGGUUGCAGAUCUGAGCCGUAAUUAACAUGUCUGCACAAUAGCACAUUGCCACAAGAGUCAUUGGAAUGCUCAGGGAGUGUGUCCUUAGCAACCACACCCCUGCAGCGACCAUGCGUUCUAGAUUCCGCUCUCCCCCCACAGGAGCUAAAAAAACGUACCCCUUCUUUUUUCUUUUUUUUAACUUUUAAUUGAUUUAAUUAAUCAUUUUCUGAAACAUAUAUUUAUUAAACACUCAGUAUUACUUACUUAAUGCCUUUUAAAAAGAAAGUUUUAUCAGAGGGUUAUUUGAGCCUUAAUCAUGUGGUUAUUCCUAUAUAUUACCUCCCAUCUGCUCUUAAUCCCUUCAGCUCUUAAGAGGCCGGCAGCCCAUCGUUCUGUAACGCUCUGCCUUUUCCCUCUAUGACUGAAAGGGAGAAUUUGCUGGUUCUCUCCUAAAACUGGUUGGUAAAUACUUUUGAGAUUUUGUUUACGUUAAAUGUGUCAAGUGAAGCUGCUCAAUAUGAACUGGACCUCCUUGAAAACCUCACCACUCUUUCCCAUAUUCAAGUACUGGGUUACAGAAAAUCCCAAAAACAACAUGCAGGCUAAGCAAAAGAAUAUGAUGUAUAGACAGACCCACAACUUAGCUGAUAUGGCCCAGUUUGGCUUAUACCACUUUUCUUUCAGAGCAGGGCUAUCUAACAGGAGGCUGUUGACGGAACCAAACUCACAGCAUCCUCUCAUGGUGGUUGUUGUACAGGAGUAGUUGGCACAACCCAUGUUUCUUUCUCUUUGUUAAUCAAGUGCCCGGAGACCAUUUACUCAGUGGCUCGGCCUACACAAGAAAUGACAUAUGAAAAAUGGCUUAACUAAACAUUCUCGGUUAGCCAUCUGAUUGUCUUUGAAUUAAGGCCAUCUAUUAUAUAGUUGGGUGGGGUUAUGAUGGCCUUGGCUGGUGAUAACACAAUUAUGUAUUUUUAUUUUAGAAAAUAUACAAUAUUCUGUCUUAAGCGUGUUUUUUCCAAAGCUGUCUUCAACCAGCUUUACAGUGUUCAUUAUCAGAGUUUUUUUUUUUACUUGUGUAUCUACAAAGUAAUAUAAUUUGGCAUUUUUUUUUAUUUCCCACCUGUGCACAUAUAAGUCACAUGCAAAUAAAAUGAUUUUACUUUCCUCCCCCCA